GUUCAUCAAAGAGAAUAUAAUCACUACGUGAUGUUAAUGGCUGUUGUGGAGAAGUCGUGUGCCAUAAAAUAAGAUGCAACAAAUCUGUACACAAUUAAAUCACUAAAAUUGUGUCGUACUACGUUUGUGAUGGCUACAGAGUUUGUGUUAUUGUGCUAAACCAUCAUGGUACCGUCGUGUAUAUAGAUGGCGAAAAUAUUAGUUGAGUGUGUUGUGUAGUGAGUGGCAAUGGAUCGUCGGUGUUCCCAGUCUGUUCGGACAUUGGUUUUCGACGAUUCCGACUCUGAUCUGCCUAAGGGCGGUCAGAAGAAGGAGUUGUCGUCUUCUGGAGCGCCGUCUUCGUUGAACCAGAGCACUGAAGAUGCCAGCAAACCUCUGCGGAGCAACCUGGUGCGCAUGCGACGAUCCGCGCUCGGAAAAUCCGCACCCACACUCUCCGUACACGUGAAAGAGCCAUGUGCGACCUCACGACGACCGUCCAGGCUGCCGCCGCCGCCGCCCCACCACAGGCUCUCGUUGGUGGUGGGUUCCGGGCGCUGCAGCUCCCCCGGCACGGGCCCGCUGUCGCCGGCGGAUGGGCCGCGCUGGCACGCGCAUCCCGCGCACCCGCUGCACCACGCGCUGCUCUCCUCCUCCGUCAAGCGCGGCAAGGACCUGAGUAAGGAUAUCGACGGUCGGCGGUGGUCGGUGGCGUCGCUGCCGUCAUCCGGCUACGGCACCACGCCCGGCAGCUCCAGCCUCUCGUCGCAAUGCUCGUCUCAGGAGCGUCUGUUGGCGGUGCAGGCGGUCUGCGAGCCCCCGCCCCGCCCCGCCUGCCCGCACUGCCAACAACACCAGAAUUCGCUCAACAGCUCCCAAGGCAGCGGCAUGAACUGGGCGUCGCUGUCGGACAGCGGCGGCAGCGCGCACGCCCCCCGCGCGCCGUCCCCCCGCGCCGUGCCGCGACGCGUGCGUAGCAGGAGUCUCAGUUCGCCGUCUCGGUCGCCGGGCGGCGGCAGCGGGUCGGACAGCGCGCGCGACGACGCCGUGACCGCCAUGUCAGCGCUGUUCGCCGCCCGCUUCCCCGCCGCACAGAAGGCUAUGGACGACAAAUUAAGAGGUCUUAUCGAUGAACUGACUGAAUUAGAUAAGAAACCCGAUCGUCCACCGAUAGAGAGAUUUGUGCAGAGACAGGUGUUGGAAAUGGCGCGCGAUUGUUUGCAUAAAUCGGAGUCGAAGCAAGUCACCAGCACCUACUUCUACGACAUGGCUGACAGUCUCGAUCGCCUACUAGCGGAGACGCGUGAGAAGUCAGUAGAAGCGGGUGGUCGGGUGGCGCCGCUGGUAACGAGGCUCACGUUGGCGAUGGCGCGGCCGGCGCGACUGCUCGAGUGUCUAGAAUUCGACCCCGAACGCUUCUACCGACUGCUAGAAGCGGCUGAGGGACAUGCGAGGGUCACGCAGGGUAUAACAGCAGAUAUCCCGCAGUACAUUAUCCACAAGUUGGGCCUGUCUAAGGACCCUCUAGCGGAGCUGCAAGUACCUCCGCCGCCUCCGCCCCCGCCCCACGCUAGUCUAGAUACCUCUAAGGUCCGCGGUCGCCAGUCGCCGCCCGGCUCGGGCACGGGCGCGCCGCCUACCGAGAGCGACUAUCAAGUGAUCAAGCUCAUCUCCAACGGGGCGUACGGCGCUGUCUACCUCGUCAAACACAAGCAGACACGACAGAGAUAUGCUAUGAAGAAAAUUAGCAAGAACAAUUUAAUAUUACGAAACCAAGUGGAGCAGGCCUUUGCUGAGAGAGAUAUUUUGAGUUUCGCUGACAACCCUUUUGUGGUGACGAUGUACUGCUCGUUCGAGACGCGGCGCCACCUCUGCCUAAUACUGGAGUUCGUGGAGGGGGGAGACUGCGCUACGCUGCUGCGCGCCGGCCCCCUCCCGCCCGAUAUGGCCCGACAUUAUUUCGCUGAGGCGGUGUUAGCUGUUGAAUACUUGCAUUCUUACGGGAUCGUGCAUAGAGACCUUAAGCCGGACAAUUUACUGAUAACCGCAACGGGACAUAUCAAGUUAACGGACUUCGGACUCAGCAAAAUGGGACUCAUGUCGCUGGCGACGAACCUAUACGAAGAGUACGCGGACCGCGAGGCGCGUCAGUUCUCCGAUAAGCAGGUGUGCGGCACGCCCGAGUACAUCGCGCCGGAGGUCAUACUCAGACAGGGUUACGGCAAGCCGGUGGACUGGUGGUCGAUGGGCGUGAUCCUGUACGAGUUCAUAGUGGGCUGCGUGCCCUUCUUCGGCGACACGCCCGAGGAGCUCUUCGCGCACACCGUUAACGAUGAUAUCGAGUGGCCGUCGGAGGAGGACUUCCCCAUAGCUCUGGAGGCGCGAGCCAUCAUCACUGAGUUACUGGCUCGGAACCCGCGCGACCGUCUGGGUACGGGUGGGACACAUCAGGUCAAGGAGCACGUGUACUUCUACGGGCUGGACUGGAACAAUCUGCUGCGGCGCAAGGCCGAGUUCAUACCGCAGCUCGAGAACGACGAGGACACCAGCUACUUCGACAGUCGUUGCGACCGGUACAACCACAGCGAGGUGGACACGGACGAGGCGGCGGAGAGCGCGGGGGCGGGGGAGGGUGGGGCCGACGAGGCGGGGCUGUUCGCCGCCUUCUCCUCCACAUCGCCGCAGUGGAGACGCCACUACCACCACUCCCACUCGGCGCUGUCGCACGACUCGCGGAGCACGGACAGCUGGCCUGGCACGCCCGACAGUGCGGGGCCGCCGACCACGCCUACCGCCCCCACCGCGCCGCUGCAUCACCACAAGUGCCCUAUGUUGGGCGCCGGCUCCGGUUCCACGGCUGAAUCGUCACAGACCGACUCGGACGACGUGUCGCCGGCGGCGCGACGUCGCGUGGCGCUGCGUCCGCACGCACACACGCACGUACACCCGCUGCACGCGUCGCACUCGCUGCUGCCGAGACCAUCGGAAACACCAAAGAAGGACAAAGAAGCGAAGAGCACAGACAAGCCGGACCGCGCUGAGCGGCCGGACAAGAAGCCGUCGGCGCUCGCGGCGCCCAAGUCCAUGCGCCGCUCCGCCAGCACGUCGGGACUGUCGCUUGUUAUACACCCAGCGGAGGAGGGCGUACUUUGCGUGUCGGCUGCGAGCGGCGCGCUGUCGCCGUGUGCGGGCAACACGUCGUCGACCAAUUCGUCGCGAGACUCCUCCCCCUGCCGCGACCCGCCGUCGCCAUUCGCUGUCGCUAAUCACUCGUUGAUCCAGUCAUCGAAGCCGCCGAUCGUGGUGCGCCGCGGGCCUCGCGGUUUCGGCUUCACGAUACACACAGUGCGCGUCUACUAUGGUGAUACAGACUACUACACAAUGCACCAUCUUGUCUCGGCGGUGAGCGAGCAGGGCGCAGCGUGGGCGGCGGGACUGCGCGCCGGCGAUCUCAUCACGCAACUCAACGGCGAGUCCGUGCAGGGGCUGCUGCACACGCAGGUUCUAAGACUGCUCCUAGCGGCGCCUCACGCGACGCUCCGAGCGACGCCACUCGAUCAGACCACGAUACAGGCUGGUGGGCGGCGCCGCGCGGGCGGCAGGCGCGCGUCCGCUCCGCCCCGUCCGCGCCCGCGACGACGCUGCUCGCUGUUCCGUCGGAUAUCCACCAAGCGGGCCUCGCAGGAGAUGCACCAGAUGGUGACCGGUGCGGCGGAGGUGGCGGCGCCGGCGCCCGCCGCGGACGUGCUCGCGCCGCACACGACUACGCACUAUCAGAGGCCGUCGUCUCUCCACGGUCUGAAGCACAAGCUCGGCGCGGGCGCGGGUGAGGUGCGGCGCGCGUCGCUCACGCACAUGCCGCUGUCGCCGCUCGCACGUACGCCGUCUCCGUCGCCGCAACCCGCCCCUGCCUCGCCCACCAGCCGUACGUGCGAGGCGCGCAGUCCUUCGCCGUUGGCGCGUGAGUGUCGGCGGGCGUGGCCGCGCCGUGACCCCGCCUCCCCGCUGCUGCGCCGCGCGCUAUCCCCAGACAGGUUACAUCCGCGAUCAGCCGAAGCGAAGUGUUCCAUCUCACCGCUGUGCUGCGGCUCAGGGAGCGGUGCGGGGGCGACGACCGCACGACGCGCGGGGUGGCGUCCCCCCGCCCCCGCCGCGCCGCCCACUCCGCCCCCCGCGGAGAAGGCGGACGAGCCGGCCCUGCCAAGGAUCGCGGAGGAGAAGGACUCGCCUACGCACCACGCUGCAAGAUUACCCACCAGAACCCCACCGAAGCAAAGCACGCCGAGCAUAUUCACGUCGUCGCCUAAGACAAGCGACGUGUCUUUCGACGCUGGCGCGUCGUUUGCGUCGUUAUCGCUAACUGACGAGUCCUACAUCGACACCAGUGGCGCGUCGCAGGGAGAUACGUCGAGGGAGCUCAAAUUCGAUGACAGUCGGUCAAAUACCGACAUUACAUCGAUAUCAGACAUCAGUAAGAAGGUGAACGCGACGCAGGAGUCCAUCGCCGCAGCCGCCGCAGCGGCCGAUACCAGCGCGAAGACCAGAAAAAAAUCCGACUCGAGCCUCAAAGACGAAGACGUAAAAAGUAAAGACAAGGACAAAAAGAAGCAAGAAAAACACGAGAAGUCCGAACUCAAGAAGCAGGAUUCGAUAAAGAAGAUCGAGAGAGCCGAAAAAGAAGAUAAAACGGAAGCCAAAGUGGAGGAGAAGAAACCAGAAAGAAUGGAAAGGAGCGGGUCGGUACGGAAGUCAGAGAGCAGAGAGAAGGAGACGAAGAAACAGGAGAAACAGGAGAGAGCGGAGAAGAAGCAGGAGAAAGAGAAAGAGACGAAGAGACAGGAGAAGGAGGCGAGGCGGUCCGAGUCAGUCAAGAAAGAGAGUUUGAAGAGACAAGAAUCUGUGGAGGCAAACAAGUCUCCGGAGUGCGAGGAGGGUCGGCGCAACAGCAGCAUGGUGAGCAAGCUGCUGGGCGUGAUGGGCCGCAAGCGAGACGACGACGACCGCGCACGCAAGGACAAACACACUAAGAAGAAGAACACAUCAACACCGUCGCAGUCUCAAAAGACUGAAGCACUCGUGUCGCCGGUGGAGAAAGAAAAAGACUUCGUCGAGGACAAGAAGAGAAAGGGGCGGGGCCGGGCCUCCAGCUCCUCCUCCGCCGAGAAAUAGAUCUCUUGGUCACGUGAUGUGGAAGACUUUGUCUAUGGUCACUCGUGCAUGAAUAUCAAGUCAAAAAGGUGACUUUCUCAUGUCAUUGUUAUGUCAAAAGUGACUUUUUUGUCCCUUGUGCAUAAAAUUACGUGUAACGUGACUCUAUUGUAAACAAUGCAUGUCACUUAGGUGUGAUAAAAUGUGACGCUUUGGUCACUUAACUUGUGCAUGAGUUUAUGUCACGUAACGUGACGAAAGUGACUAUUUCUUGUCACUUGUGCAUGCUGAAAGAUGACCUUACUCUAAGGCCGUUUGUAAUGAAUAAUGAUGGAUUUCAUAUUUUUUAAUACGUGUCAUUUUGGAAUUCGCAACGGUUUUUGAUAUUGUAGUCAAAAAACUUGUAAAGACAACGUAUGAUAAUAUUAUGUCAAAAAUAACAGCUUCCAUUUGAAACACAGAACCCCUUACUAAAUAUAUUUAUGUAGCGUUUAAAUUUUUAAAGUGUUUGUCAAUGCAAUAAAAUGCCAAUCAAAGGCAAUCAGACCUUAUCAAGUUAUUUGCUGUGUAAAUAUUUUAUUAGUAAGGGGGAAGUGGUUUUUAGCUAUUUAAAAAUACUUAAAGUACAAUUUCGUGCCGCUGCGGCUAUUGUGUUCUGUAGGUACAGUCAGAUACAUAAAGUAUUAUAAAGUAGUUUGAGUAGUUAAAAUAAUUUACGCUUUCAAAUAGUGUAGAAUGUGAUAAUAGUUAAUUGAAAGUUUAAAAAGUAGUAAAAUUUUAUGUGCUAAACACCAAUAUGUAUUUUGUUUCUAAAAUUAUUUCAUGUUGGCAUACUAGUAUAUACCUAUAGCUUAUAUUAAAAUUAAAUAUAGCUAAUGUUGAAUCAAAGUUAAAAUAUGUUAGUACAUUUUAGAAUUAUAUUGUCAUUAUUAACGUUAAUAAAUCUUAGUUAAUUUAAAUUGAUCUCAAAAUGGAAAAAUAGAUUGUGGAUGUGCUAUGCAAAGUAUUUUCGUUAGGUAGAAAUUAGAAUACGUAUUCUGACUGUAUCUACGUCACAUAUCUUUGUAUUCUUUUAAAUGGUUUUGUCGGAUUUGAAUCGUGGAUGGAAGAUUUUAGCUGUAAAACUUUUUGUCAAUUUUUUUUUGUCGCGCUGCUAAAAUUGAACCGUGUUGAUGGUUAUUUGGGUAGGUUGAUAGUUGUCUAGUCUGCCGAGACUCAUGAAUGAAUCCCUUGUAAAACCUAAACUGCAUUUUACCAACGAAAUAUUUAAACGUUUGUCGCAUCAUGUUGUGAUUAAGCGCCAAAGUUGAGGAGAGCAUCUGCUGUUAUGAUAAAAGAUGUAUAGAGUCAAGCUUACAAUAUAGGCCCCUGUUCGCAUAUAUAUGUAUGCGUGUGCCCUACAUAUAUGUAUGCGAUCGGGGGCAUUCGCUGCUGUAUUUAAAUUCCCAUCUUUGUGGUAAAAUUGUAUGUGCUGGCAACACACGAGCUAAGGGCAAGUAUCCAGCUUUUAGUAAAUAAAAAGAAACGAAAUUAAGACAAAUGUACAUAAUACUCAUAAUCGUGAUGUGUUUAGUAUUUUAAAAUUAGAAUCGAUAGUUUUCUAAUCGUGUAUUGUAAAGUUACAUAAAAUUAUGGAUUUAGUACAUUUUUCUCACUUUUCAGAUACAUUUAUAAACGACUGGAUUGGCUCAUUUUAUCUAUAUCAUGUGUAUAUGUGCUUUAUAUUAAUUAUUUAUAAUGUGGUAAACCUCUUUCUAUGAGUUAUCAACUAAAUAUUGUUGGUUGACCCUGUUCACAACAUUAUCACAAAGUAAUGUUACUUAAAUAUUUCUUAAAUGUUACUUAAAACUUGUGAAUCUAUAAAAAAUAACGUACCGAUAUUAUGAAUAUGUUGCAUUGAUUUUUAUUACAUCAAGUAACAUUGUAAAAGUUAUGUAACCUGUUUAAAUAAUCUGAAUUAUUUUUGUACCAAUCUGGUUUUGCUUAGUAAUGAUUUUAAAGACUGCAAUGAUUUUUGUGUUAGAGACGAAUUUAAGCAAAAAAGAUAAAAGUUACGCUGAAUUCCUAACCGCCUUGGAUACCUUUUCGAGUAUUAUAAUAUUAGUUUGACAUCUCUCGUUUUAAUAGUACUUGUUAUUUCUUUUUACGUAGUCUUCCAUAAUUUUGUUAUAUUAGUUUUACCCCAUUUAAUGAUCGUUACUUUUUGGCUGUUUUUCGACUAUGUGAUUAUAAUAUUAUCGGUCAAUAUUAUACUUAUUAUAUAAACUAGACUUUCUAGAAUAGUUGUCGAUGUUGAAAAACGAAUUUAGACAUAUUUUCACUAUCCGAACGUGGUCUAUAGUGUAAUGUCUUUAAUGUAUGUUAAUCACUAUUAAAACCGUAGUUUUCGUAUUAGUGACAAUGCCAAUAAAUGCUUCGAUGUAAUGUAAUAACUUUUUAAUUGAUUUGUACAUAGUAUACUCACAAAAGCGUAUUUUCUACAGCGACCGACUUUAGUAUAAAGUACCUAUUUUAAUUUAAUGAGCAACAUUUAAAAUAUUUUUGUAUGGACAUUUUUUUAUUCAUAUUGUAUGUGGGCUUUGACCUUGCGCUUUUGAGGUGCGGAUUAAAUGCGUGCGACAGGAUCCUCGCACGUACAUUUAGUUCGCUUAUAAUGUAGAGGCGGUCGAAGCAUAAAUUAUUUUGGGACCAUCGCUUAAUAAAUGUAUAUCUUGGGAUAUGUUAACGUUUUCUAAGCCUUUUAUGACUAUUUAGAACAUGUUCUAAAAUCUUAGUUUAGCUGUAUGUGUAGGUAACUAUUGACCGCACUGGGCUAAUAUUUAGAUGAUGGCGUUUUAAUAAUAUAGAUAUGUUUAAAACAUUGCAAAUAAGAAAUUUGGCUGCUACUUGUCGCUUUUACUUCUAUGCGAAAAUAUCACUAUCCUGCUCUUUUGCAUGCAUGUUAAAUGAGAGGGAGAUAGCUAAAUACUCGUGCCCGAGCGAGACAAGUAGCGGUAGGCCGUCUACGUGUUUGGCGACCAGUAGGAUCACCAUCUUGCGACAGCGAUGCAACAGAUUAAAAAUAGAUUAUCUGCUGUCGAUAAGCUGUUGCAUUGCUGUCGCAUGUUUACCCUGAGGGCUAUAGUAGGCCCAGUGCAGUCGGUACUAAGCUUAGCAACAUGUCUGAAUGUCAAUUGUAUCACUAGAAUAUUGUUCUGUCUGUAUAUUAGCUGCUUCAUAGCUGUCCCUGCCAUACGAUGCCGUUAACGUUGUCUAGUGUAACUUUUGAAUGUGAUCUUUAUAAUGUAAGUGAAUUCUUUAGUGAUGUCUAAUAUGUGGAUGUAAAAUAAAAUCGGGAUAAUUUGUUCGUA